AUGUCAUUUAAUGAUGGCGCAACUUGUUGCGCUGGCUCAUGUUGUAGCGAUGGUCUGGCCUGUAGUGAUGGCUUGAGUAGUAUUGUUGGGAUGCUUUUUAGUGAUCAUACGUCAUGUACUUGUGGUGACGACGUGGCCUGUAAUGACAGCAUGACUUGAAAUGACGAUUUUGCCUGUAACAGUGGCAUAACCUGUAGUGAUGGAUUUUCUAAUGAUGGCAUAGCUGAAUUGCUGGCUCAUCUUGUAGUGACGGUAUAA